AUGGAUGGCAAUCGGGGUGAGUUUGCCAUUGACAGCCGACGGUACGGUAGCCACGAUAGUAUACACUUUGACGAGCGUAUCCGCCGGCAGCACAAAAUUGAACCACUUCGUACGCUGUUCGAUAAGGAAAAUGUCGUCCUGACGGAUUGGGGCCAACGGCCUCACUCCACCCCACUGCAGGACGUUCAUCGUACGGGACGGGAGGGAGAUAAAAAUGAUAAUCAUGUUUACGGAAACGAUGCACCACCGAAUGCAACCAGGAACGAUCCGUGGCACACAUCCGCCAGGUCCGACAAUCAUAGGACUUUGCGUGAUGAUGACUACCCGGAAGGAUGUACCGUACCGCAGCGUCCUGCAACUCCACCGGCAGAUUGGCCCAGCUAUGGUUCGCAUAGCAAUUGUGUGUUGGCAAGUGAGCCAAGUGUAACAUCUUCACUUACUGCACCGACCGGUGAUUAUCAGGCCCGGCAGGAAGUGCAUCCACCUGAACCACCACCUAGACGGUACUAUCUGCCAAUGGAUAAGAUAGUGCGCGGUGAGCUGGAAGCGAUGCUUCGCUUGUUUCAAGACACACCAAUUACCACCGGACAGCAUCCCGAUGGACCGUCGGUCGGUGCUCGCUCACCUGUGCUGGGCCGUAGAAGUGCAACACCAUCGUACGGUGGGACGUCGCAACAGCAUCAACCCGAACGAAGCAAAUCCGUCCAGGGUCAAGCAGGGCCGGCCAGCUUACGGCAAGACGGUGUCGAAUCUAAACCACCGUUAAAGUUAAAAUCUUCCACCGGACGGACGACACCACGGAGCGGUACGCUUCAGCGCCAUCCGACCGUGACCGACGUCAGCUGCAUCGAAACAAUCGAUACGGAGGAAAUGUUUCACCUCACCCAGCACGAGCAGCUCGAUGCGGUUGAGGCGUAUCACGAAUUCAAUUUAAAUUCAAAUACGGGAAGGAAUUUAAAUAUUGAUAGACACCGGGACGCAUCGACCGACCGGUGCCCAAAACCACCGAAACAAAGUUGCAUCGAUGGCCACAUUUCACCGACGGUGACGUAUCCCGUCAGUGCGACAAUCCCACCAACAUCGGUGACUAUCGGGGCCGAUCAGCUGACCACUAAUUACUUCGACAAACACUUGCACCACCCUUCAACAGUUGGCUCAUCGUACGACCAGUUCCCGGUCACUGCUAACCGGGCACCAUCCGUGCCCGGCGAUGGCCACAUCGUCAACUUUCCGCUUCUCGCCGCCGGUGUAGAAAUCGAACGAGCGGACCACAAAUUUGACAGUAACGUCAACUGCACCGGUCACCGGUUUGCCGCGCUGGACGAGUUUCAUAAUUACAAUGAAAAACUAAUUACAGACACGGACAGCAACGACGCGGUGCCGGUACCACGCGAUGGAUCAACGACACCACAGCCGGUGGACGAGUGUCGGAUCACCGAAAACCGACGCCAGCCACAUUCGUCAGCAUUAAAUGUAUCAAAUCAGCCAAAUCGUAAUUGGAUUAAUUUAAAUUCAAAUCAAAUUUAUCACCAGCAACGGACAUCUCCAAGGGAUCCCGUCUGUCAGCGAAUGUCACCGGGUUGUACCGGUGUCAGUACUGUUGGGUCCGGCCGUGCCUACCACCGGACCACCGACCACAGUGCCCAUCACGAUGAUGAUGAUGUUGAUGAUGGAACCGUCGGCCCAGGAAGUGACCGUUCCCCGGGCCGGGAGACACAUGUUGCGUACGGUGACAACAACGAUUCACCGACGUACUACCAGAACGCUAAUGAUAACCUUCAAAGGCGUACCGACCAGCACCAGGCCGUACGGGUGGACUGUAAUUAUGAUAAUAAAAGCGUUCGGAGUCAUUAUCGCUGUGAAGCAUCGCCCACCGACAAUGGGCAACUUCCGGUUGAUGUACCGCGCACCCGUUAUGUGACACCGUCACCACCGUUGCCACCUUACCCGGCCGAAACACCAAUCUCAUGGCGACCACGGGCACGCUCGGGAAGUUCCGGUUCGAGCGUAAAAAUUAAUGAGAUUUUCGAAUUUCCACCACCACCACCAUAUCCGUGCGAUUGUGCCGAUGGCGAUGGAAUCGAAGACGAUGGUGGUGAACCUUCCUGCAGGAUGACUGUGUACCGCACGAAUGUACGCGGUUCGGAAUCGAACAGUGGGAAGGGUACGGCUGAUGCUGAUACCGGCGAUGACACCGGAAGGGAUUAUUCUACAAGUGACCGAAUCAACCGUCCCGAAGCGAAACUGUCACCGGUUAACCUGGCUGAAACAUUUACCGCAUCGCAUCCAACGUACACGGCUGUCAAUCCGGCAAUUUUCCGGCCACCACCAAGUCCACCGUGUGACGUUCGGUUCCCACCAACGGUUGACCUUACCGGUGGUGAUAAUGAUGUCACCGGUUUAAAGCAUCCUCAAACGCUCGACCCAGACAGCUGCAUCGUACUGAACGAUGAAAGAACGCCCCGGUCAGUAGCGGGUGAAUCGUUGCGAAAUGUUUCCCACCCACCUGACGUUCAUGCAAUGCAACGCUUCCCAACCGUACCGGCACUGCACCAAGGCAGUAACGUUGAUGUUGAUUAUUUUAAAACAAAUUUCACGGAUGAUAAAACACCGGACGUCAACGCAAACAGAGCGCGCAAUUUCGAUGAAGAACCGAAUAAAUACGGUACCCAAACACCGCAGGACAAAUCAAUCGACCCGGACCGUACGUCGCAGGAGCGCCACCGUUACGGGGAUGCCGAAAAUAGACCGGCAGCAACGGAAUGUGGUUCUACCGGCACCGAAGACAGGCCGGUACAACCGCGCAUGAUUAGUUUCACCGAUGGUGAGUUUAUUUUUGGUCCGUUCGAUGAACGGUCGCUGGAAUUCGGACGAUUUGAAUUAUUGAGCGAUAAACUGGGGGCGCGAAAAUCUCCCGUUGGGACGAGCGCGUUGCUGACAGCAGCUGCCACUGAUGAACGUCCGGCUUCCGAGGUGCCCAAGAUCACCGACCCGACGUACAGCACGGCGGCCGCUGAGCGCUUGUACCAGCCAACAUUAGCAACAGGCCCGCGAGCAGCACAAGGUGUACCGAUUGAGGUGGAAAAUAGCGUACCCGAUGACGAUAAAUGGAAAAUUGCUACGCCCCCAGCCGAAUGCUCCCAAUCGCCCCAACUUCAACCCGAAAGCUACAACCGUUGGGCACGGUUCGAAAAUGGAAAUUUAAGCCCUGUGCCAUCGGAAAAUGAGCUGACCGCAGACAACCGCAAACAGUCACCAUCCAUCGAUCCACCCGACAAACGGCGAACGCGUGGUGAAGAAAUUGAGGACAUUUUUCAACAGCUUAACCACUCGCUGAAAGCAAACGCAUCCAAGGACACGUCCGAUGGUGGUAGCGAAGAUACUGCCGCGCGAACGACGCUCGGCCAGCUGGUGGAGAAUGUACCCGUGAUCGAACGUAUACUGGACGAUUUGUUGACCUUCUCGAAGCAGCUGCUAGAACAGAAGCAUUACCUCGAGGCGAAAGAAUCGAUCGAUGAUGCAAACGCAGAAGAAGACGUUGUCGUGAAACUGCCACCCGAGAAUCGUGGCACUGCACAGCAAGCGGAGAUAAAUGAUGAUAAUUUAAUUAAUUUAUUAGCCCCCGGCAAUGAGCAGGACGCGCAAGAAGCGUUCGACAAUGACCAGCGAAACGUUCGGAACGAUAAGUCGCACAAUAACGACCCCAGCGACGGUGAAGGACUGGGCGCCUCCAUCGAACGGGACGAAAAAUUGGCAAACAAUGACACGAACAGCAAUCAACCGGGUGACUUUAGUAGUGGCCCGUUGGAAGAUGAUUCCAGCGAGCAGCAAACCCAGCAGGAAGACCUAUUUACCAACGUGGCCAUCUUCAACUGGAACCCGCUGGACGUCUAUCAGCAGCACGGGCUGUUUAUGAUUGAUCCCCGGUUCGCUUUGGCUGACAUGCGUGCCAUCUCUCCCGCACCCGUUAGCUCGUCCUUUCAGCCUUCAAUCAAACCACUUCCCACCGUACCGGAGGAAAUGGAUACUGCUGCUGCCGCUAACGAGCACGCGAUUGCUAUGCACCGCGGUGCUCAAGUACCGGGCGCCUCCAUCGAGAACCAAUCAGCAAAAAAUUACAACAUUGAGACGGAGUCGGGGUGCGUGAAGAGCGACGGAAUUGUAAGCACUUUGCACGCUGUUGCAGCAACUGCACCGAAGACGCCUGCGCCCGAUUGGAAAAUGGACGCUUGUCACAAUUAUUGUUCACCGAGUGUUGAUCCCAUGGCAACUACCGGCUCACCGUCAACGGUGGGCUGUCGAGCCGGUGACAAUGUAGAUAAGAUUGUGCAAAUGAAUCAGGUGUUACAUUUCUACGACACUAGCCACGUACACUAUCCCCUCGGACAGGAUACCCCGGACCGGGACAGCCAGCAGCAACGUGAGCCACCCCAUUCUCCAACGCUGACCAGCGCAACAACCGUCGAAGGUUUGAAGCGCGUUGCUUGGCCUCCACCAACCGAGGGCCCUGAGUACGAGGUACAUCCAUCACAGCAGAAACAACACGCGGUAGGUCAGCAAAUCCCGCCGCAGCAACAGCAGCAACAGCAGCAGCAGUUCCAGCCGCAACAAUUCUACCACCAAACGAACCCUCAACAGCAGCAGCAUCAGCAGCCGGCUUAUCAGCAAACGAGCUUUCCACCACAGCAGCAUCCGCAUCAACCGGUGGAAAGAAUCGUUCCCAUUCAAAGGGCUACAUCGAUCCAAUCGCCUCUGGGCACACCAACCAAAUCACCCGUUAAUCAGCUCAAGUAUCCGACCUACCCGGGAUCUCCGCAGCCGUCGGUGCAUUAUUCAGCUGCUGGGCCACCCGCCAACACGCGGGGACCGGUCUCGUCUACCGUCGCCUUCAGUGGUGGCCGUGCCGUACUGCCCAAUAAGCCGCAGCAGUACUAUCAGCAGCAACAGCAGCGUGGUGGAUACGGCAAUCAGGCAGCUCCACGCUCACCGGUGGUUCCCGUAGCUUCGCCGCGCUCACCGGGCGUGUCUACCCUCGGUGGUAGUGGAAGCCCACGUGGCUGGUCUCACGUGGCCUCACCGGUACCGACCUACCGUCCAUCGCCCCAAUUCUCAUCUUCACCUUCUUCACCAUCUUCACCUUUCUAUCAGCAGCAACAGCAGCAACAGCAGCAGCAGCAGUACCACUCAGGGUACGCUCCAACCGGUCACACCGGCUCGGCCCAGCCAGCCGCCUGGUACGGUGCGAGAAAGCCUGAAGCUCAACAACAACAACCGCUAGCACCACAGUAUCAGAAUCCGCUCGAGCAGCAACCGUACCAACCGCAGCCCACUGAAGCUUUCCAACCGCUGACGGUACAACAGCAACAACCACUGUACCAACCAGCGCAGCCACAACAACAGCAGCAGUUGCCACCGACACUGAUCACAACACUACGCAAAGAACCACCAAUGUCGCAGGAGCCCGCUCCCGUCUAUCAGACGCAACCGGUUGCUGCUAUUUAUCAAGGAGGUAGCAAUAUGCGCGGAGAUCAAAAGUGGCCCCCGGAGGAAUACAAGCGCCAAUCGGAGGUGGAUAACGAAGAACGCCGUAAGCUAGCCCAACAGCCAGCGUUUCGUCCACGCCGCCAGCAGAAGGACUAUUCCGGCUUCUUUGCAAAGAACGCACUGAACAACACCUACCCGGGCUAUCGGGCACCGCCAGGAACGCAACAUCACUCCUAAACCGUGAUGGUAGCAACCAUAACGUGCCGCAUCAAGUACCACCCCAGCAUGGAAUUGCGAAACCAUCGACAGAAGUAAAAGAGUUGGCUGUUAGUGUUCGUAAGGGGACGUGCCAUUAUUGGAAACCUGAACAAAAGCAUCCUAAAACUAAGACCCAAAAUUUGUUGGUACGGAGUUGCUCGAAAAAAAAAAGAUCGUUGCUUAAAUCAAAAAAAAGUAUUUACCAGAUAUGAAAAAAAACAUAAGUUCAAAAACGUGCUUAAUUAAACUAUAUCCCUGCUUAGCGUUAAUAAACUAAACAUACAAGGCACACGUAAAACAAAAAACCGAAGCAACAAAGCACAAAAAACCAAUUUCGAAAACUAAACGAAACAAAACUAAAAUAGGCAGAAAAAAGAGAUAAAAACACUUUAUACAGUUAAGAUUGCGCAGAAAAGGAAGCGGACAAUAUAAAUACUAUAAUUAUUAUUUUAUCUUUUGUACCAUCAAAAGCUUAAGCGUGCGUUAAAACAAAAAAAGAAACUACUAGAAUCGAUCGUUUAUCGUUGCAUUGCUGAACGGCUUAAGAUGAUGCGCGUAGAAAAUGGGCGCAUCAGUUGCGCGGUAGCUUUAAUCUUCCUGUGCCUUAUCGUGUGCUUUCUGUUCUCCGUUUCGAUGUGUGUUUUAAUUUGGUUCAAGUAUCAACCGGACGCAAAGGUGCGUGUGUGAAAAAAGGCGAAAAAGUUCGAAAACAAAAGGAAGGAAAUAUAUUAUUUUUUAAUUUAUUUAUUUUUUUCUAAUCCGCAUGUAACUUUCGCGUUCGCGUACUGCUUUCCGCUUUAGGAUGCAAAAGAACAAAUGUAAACCAACAAAAAAAAAACAUCCUUAAUUGUACACCGUAUUACGCUUGUUUUAUUGCGACACAAAAAAAACCCAUGAACGCCGUAAGCGCUUAACGCUUAUGCUUGUGAUGUUUUCAAAACGAAACGUACAUUAAUAAAGGCUUAUAUUCGUUACAACAGUAAAAUAAA